UAAAACACGUCUCUACCGUUAAGACGCUUUCGCGCCAUUAUCUUUUAGUUUUGCUUUUAAAUAACACUUGCUUAUCGGAUCAAAUAAUUUCCAAUUAGCAUUUAUGGUUAAUGUUAUUAGAAUAUAUAAGUUGCAGAGAUAAUGAAAGGUAGUCAUGAAUCUCAUAACUCCUUUUUAUAAGGGUCCGUUCGUUGCAAGCUGGCUGGCUGCUGCGAAUCCUAAAUAUUAUGACACCGAUGUUGAUGUGGUAGAACUUUGUAACAAAUUGCUGCAAACUUUUGAUCCAAAAAUUAGUAUACCCUUUGAGGGAAAAGAAAGACGUCUAUGCUCUAUUAAGCAGGAAAAUGUAGCAGUACCCUUUCGUAUGUUUAGUCGGUUGUUUUACGGAACUUUAAAAAUCUAUCAACGGCAAGUCGAUAAUUUGCUAAAAUCAACCGAGAGUUUGCUAAAGGUAAGCGGUAUCUGCGGAGCCAAAAUUAUAAAAAAUCCCAAAAGGAAGUCAGCUGAUCUGUGUCAUGGAGGUAAAAACAAACGUCGACGUUUUUUGGCCAAAAGUCAGACCUCAAAGGGUACUUUCUUAACCACAAAUUACAAUUAUCUAUUUGACGAUAUGGAAAAUCUAACUAAGCAGACAUUAACGGAUUCUAUAAGCGAGAUUUCAACGUAUUUAGAAAGCAGCCAGUUUACGGAGGUCCGGCAAGUUACGCAGUUACAAAUCCGCGAGUUUACCGUCCGUGAAAUAAAUACGCAGACUUAUUUUGAAGUGCCAGAAUUAGGUGAUGAUUACGGAUUUGGAGAGAUCAUCGAUCAAGGUCAUCAAGGCUUGAACCAAAUAAAUAAAUUUAUUUCUAAUCUAGGUAAUGAAAUACCUACACAGAACAAUGGAAGAAUUUGUAAACGAAAAAGCGAGUGUGAACACAACUUACUAGAAAAACCACGCUAUCUAAGUUUUGAUAGUGAUACCGAAUCCUUCCCUUUGGACGAAACAAUUGUCAAUGCCCUUGCUAGUCCACAGAGGUCAAUCGGAAGGAAAACAUUAGAAAAUUGUAACAAAGACGAUGAGCACUUACAAGACGCAAACGCUACAACAAUUUUGCAUUCGCAAAAUUGCAAUGGAAGGGUUUUAAAUAGGAACAAUACACCACGAAAGAGAUUCCAUGAUGAGCAAAAUAAAAUGACUAACGUAAAAAAGAAGCCCCGCCUUUCUAAGCUAAUCAUAGACGAAUGUAUAAAACUAAAUGCCGAUGAAAUGCGCAAACAGAUACAAAACUUUGACAUAGGAAGGACUGAUUCAAUAAGAGCUUCAUGGAGGCAGAAAAUGUAUCUUAAAAACAAGAAACAAUUAAAUGCCGAAGCAUUAUUGACACGUCUCAAUAAAAGAUCAAUCAAUAUGAUUUUGAAUUUGAAACGAAAAAUAUGCCUGGAAGGUAAUGUAUUUCGUGAACACUAUUUGUCUUUAAUAAGAAGUAUCUUAAAAACGAAAUCACCGGAAGACUAUGCCACAGAAAUUUAUGCCAAAUGGCAAACGAAAAGAAAAGUUAAACCGAAAACGAAAUGUCAAAAAAAUGAUGAAAAUUCACUACUGUCCUCUCCUCAAGCAUAUCAUUUCAUGGUUGAGAAUGAUAAUAAUCAAUUUCCUCCAGAUGACAUAAAUAACAACCUUACUAGCGGUCAGUCGACGGGCUCACAAAUGAAUCGAGAGGAUUGGCAAGCUUACGGUGUUAUAAUCAAAUUGCUGGAAAUAUGGCGUUAUUCGAGUAAAAUUGAUGCAAUUAACUUUUGCCUCACGCCUAAAUAUCGUAAUCAUAAAGCAUUGGCAUUUCAUUCACUAUUAUUUUUAGCGGCCGAGCAGUUUAUCGAGAUUACUAAACGCAUAAAUUCUCUAGAAAUGGAUGAAAUCAAAUUGGGACGUCUUUCUGAAAAGCUUAUAAAUGCUCAUUAUCACAUAAAGUAGAGUUUAUCGCUGUUAUAUUAUCACAAGUAUUUAAUCUUUUACAUAAGAAAAUUCCAUUACCUAUUUUUCAUGUUAUCUUUCUUCAAUUUUCUCCCUGUAGUUAAAUAGUUAUUUAAGUAUUUGAAUACUAUACCAAUCGAUAAAAUUGUUGUUGUUUCUCAGUUAAUAAUUGAAUCUUUUGUUCGUUGUCUGCAAAAGUUAGCUUGAAAUUCGGCCAAUGUUUUGGCCCUGU